AAGCGACACGGCGCGACGUAAUCACUCAGCAGGUCCGCGAUGGAGGUAAACAGAGACGAGGCGAAGCGCUGUGUUGAGAUUGCUGUCGCGGCGCUCAAGAACAAGCAAACGGACAAAGCCGUGAGGUUUUUAGAAAAGGCACAAAGGCUGUUUCCGACUGAUGAGGCGAAGGCCCUGUUGGAGUCCAUCACAAAGAAUGGGCAGCCAUGCGGGGCAGAGAGUAUGCCAGGAGGCAGCGAUGGCCCAGGUCCCCGACACCGGAGAACCAGGCCAGACAGCGGCACGGCCCCCGAGGAGAAGGCCACAGACUCUGGUAAAUCCUACACCCCAGAUCAGCUGGAGGCUGUGAAAAGGAUAAAGCAAUGUAAAGACUAUUAUGAGAUCCUGGGAGUGAACAAAGAUGCCACUGAGGACGAUCUUAAAAAGGCUUACAGAAAACUGGCGCUGAAAUUUCACCCAGACAAAAAUCAUGCCCCGGGUGCCACCGAGGCCUUUAAAGCUAUCGGAAAUGCCUACGCCGUCCUCAGUAACGCUGAGAAGCGGAAGCACUACGACCGAUUUGGUGGCGAGAAAGCGCACCCAUCCAGACAGGGCCACGCUGAUGAGUUUGAGGCAGACAUUUCACCCGAAGAUCUAUUCAACAUGUUCUUCGGAGGUGGCUUCCCAUCAAGCAACGUCCACGUUUACAGCAACGGCAGGAUGCGGUACACCUUCCAGCAGCGACCCGAGCGCCGGGAGCAGCAGAGGGAUGGGGGCCUGGCCCUGUUCGUCCAGCUGAUGCCCAUCCUCAUCCUGGUGGUGGUCUCGGCCGUCAGUCAGAUGAUGGUGUCCAACCCACCCUACAGCCUCAGCCUUAGGCCGUCGUCGGGCCACAUUCACAAACGGCUGACGGAGACCCUGAGGGUGCCUUACUACGUGGGAGACCACUUCACCAAGGAAUACAGCGGCGUGAGCCUGAAGAACGUGGAGAGGAACGUGGAGGACGACUACAUCUCUAACCUCAGAAACAAUUGCUGGAAGGAAAAACAGCACAAGGAAGGCUUGCUGUAUCGAGCUCGGUACUUUGGCGACAGCGACCUGUACCAGAGGGCACAGAAGAUGGGCACCCCAAGCUGUUCCAGGCUCUCUGAAAUCCAGGCCAUGCUACAUGGUUAAAAAGAGAAAAAAAAACUCACUCCUUGCCACAAAACAUAGGUGCGCCAAAAUCGGCCAAACUUCACCUCACCCUGUAAAUGCCCUUCAAGACUGUGAGAAGCUAUGAACGUUUUAUUCCAGUCAACAUUGUAGUGGUCGUUUUAGUGUAAGAUAUGUUGUCUACUUUUUCUUUUCCACAUGAUGAAAUGUUUUUCAUUUAUUGAUUUCAUUGUUGCCGUUUUUAUGAAAUAUUAUUUUAUUAUUAUUAAACAAAUAGUAAGAAGCUGCUGGGUCUCCUUCUGAGCCCCAGAAAAGAUAAAUCAACAGGUUUUUAUUCAGUUUUGUUAGCACAGUGUGCUGGAAUAUAGCCAAAACCGGGACUUCUCCCGUAGUCUCCUCAUUUCCCAAAAUGCUAACAAGCCAGAAUAUGCUGUGAUCGUUUGUAUCGCUCCAGAAGGAGGCUUGUGGAAAAUUGCCAUACGAACUUUGGCAGAAUGAGUUUUACGCUGUAGUCUGCUGCCUACUGAAAAGCAUGACCGCUGUAAUCGUGCGGCGACCAGCCCAGGGAAGAAUAACGCAUUCUGUUGGAAGUUAUUGCCAUUACUCUUUAAAUAAUAGAAAACAGUACGGAUUCAAGAUAUUCGCUGCUUGGGCCCCUAGUUAUCCUGUUUAUUGUCACCAAUAACGAGUUACAAAGUACCAACAUUUUAAAUGCCAUUCUUGCUUUAGGUGCUUUCGAAGUAUUUGAAAGGAAUCGUUUUGAAUCGUGGUCAGGAGCGUGCCUGUGUGUGUGUGUGUGUGUGUGUGUGUGUGUGUGUAGUCUUUACAAUUUGUCCGUAAAACAUCGAUUUAAAGUGGGGAAUGGAUGAUUGCUUUGUUGAACACUCCGCUUUUGCAGAUGAUAAACUUUUUUUUCCCCCUGGCUUAAUGAGUCAGUGAGCCUCGGGAUUGUCUGAGCGGAGGAAGCUUGGAGCGCCGAGCGCUUUCUACAUCUGGAACUAAUUUAUUACGCUGUGAGAAUCUGUCUUUGAUUGGAAAUCAAUUCUGUGAAAGAAAACUGCAUUUUUCCUUACGUUAGUCCGUUUUAUUGUGUAAAAGAAACUCAGUGCCUGUUUUUAGUCAGUUAAGCCGGUGGUUGAUGUUUUGUACAUGUUUAACUUAACUAUGCAGGGAUAAAAUGUAAUUAUUUAGCAUAGUUUUGUGUAUGACGAAAUUCUUUGAGGCUUUUGCUUAACGGCUUUACUCGAAUGUAAAUGAUUGCGUCAUUGAAAAGAAACUUUAUUUUAAAAUAGGAUAAUUAAAGUGUAUUUUAAUUUAAGAUUAAAGCAGACAAUAUCAACCCACAUUUUAAAGUACCUUUAUGGGUACUUUGAAUAUGCAUUUCCACAAGCGGUGAAUAAUAAAAUAUGCGUGCCACA